AUGGCGGAGAAAGUUUCGGCGCCUUCGGAGCGGGCGCGAGGCGCCGGCCACGUCGGCUCUUCUUGCUCCGACUCCUCCUCUGGCUCUGAAACUCUCUCCGAGGAGGGGGAGUCCGGCGGCGGGGCGGUGACGGCCCCCGGCGGAGCGACGGCUGCAGCAGAGCGGGCGAGCCCCGGCGGGCGAGCGGAGGACGGCGCCUCGCUGGAGGAGCGGGAUGAGGAGCUUGAUCACAUAUUGUCCCCCCCACCUAUGCCUUUCCGAAAAUCCAGCAGUCCUGAAGUAUCUUCUGGACUUGGAAAGUCUCCUAAAUUUAAGAGGCAGUUGAGUGAAGAUGGGAGACAGCUCAGAAGAGGAAGCCUUGGAGGAGCUCUGACUGGCAAGUAUUUGCUUCCCAGUGCAACUGGACAGCAGCUGUGGCAACCUAUAGAAACCUCAAAUCUUGUUCGCAUGCGCUACCAAACACUUGGACAGUCAGCACCUUCACUUACUGCUAGUUUGGAAGGGAUGCCUCAGAAGAGUCAUUUCAACUCAGCACGCCACCGUCAGAGACUAGUGGAACCAUCAGCUACAAAAAAGGAGUUGAGCCUUCCAAGAAGAGGAAGUUUCUGCAGAACAAGUAACAGGAAGAGUUUGAUGGGCAGUAGUCAGUCUCCAGCUCUGCCUCGGCCUCAUUCACCACUCUCAGCUCAUACAGGAAACAGUCCUCAAGAUAGCCCUAGGAAUUUCUCUCCCAGUGCCUCAGCCCACUUUUCUUUUGCACGAAGUCAUGGGCAUCGAAAUGACAGGACCGAUGGUCGCCGCUGGUCUUUGGCUUCCCUCCCUUCUUCUGGCUAUGGUACAAAUACACCCAGCUCAACAGUUUCUUCAUCCUGCUCAUCCCAAGAGAAACUACAUCAGUUACCAUACCAACCGACACCUGAUGAACUACAUUUUUUGUCUAAACAUUUCUGUACCACUGAGAGCAUUGCCAGUGAUAACAGGUGCAGGACCACUGCAAUGCGCCCUCGGUCCCGAAGUCUCAGCCCUGGACGUUCUCCUGCUUGCUGUGACAAUGAAAUAAUUAUGAUGAACCAUGUCUACAAAGAAAGGUUCCCAAAGGCCACAGCUCAGAUGGAAGAGAAGCUUCAGGACAUUAUAACAAAUUAUUCUCCGGAGAACAUCCUUCCCCUGGCAGAUGGAGUUCUCAGUUUUACCCACCAUCAGAUCACAGAACUGGCUCGAGAUUGUUUGGAUAAAUCUCACCAGGGCCUCAUCACAUCACGAUACUUCAUUGAAUUACAGCAGAAAUUAGACAAAUUGCUACAGGAGGCCCAAGAGCGAUCAGAGAGUGGAGAAAUGGCAUUUAUUAAACAGCUUGUUCGAAAAAUCCUGAUAGUUAUUGCUCGUCCUGCUCGCUUACUGGAAUGCUUGGAAUUUGAUCCUGAAGAGUUCUACUAUCUUUUGGAAGCAGCUGAAGGCCAUGCUAAAGAGGGUCAGGGCAUUAAAACAGACAUCCCUCGGUAUAUCAUUAGCCAGCUGGGCUUAAAUAAAGAUCCUCUGGAAGAAAUAGCUCAGCUAGCUAAUUGUGAGAGUGGGACAGCAGAAACUCCGGAAGUGGAUGAAUCAGUAAAUAGCUCUAAUACCUCACUGAAGCUGCAGAGGAAACCUCGGGAAAGUGAUUUUGAAACAAUUAAACUGAUUAGUAAUGGAGCUUAUGGCGCGGUUUAUUUUGUGAGACACAAAGAAACCAGGCAAAGAUUUGCCAUGAAGAAAAUUAAUAAGCAAAAUCUCAUCCUCCGAAACCAGAUCCAACAGGCCUUUGUUGAGCGUGAUAUCCUGACAUUUGCAGAAAAUCCAUUUGUUGUCAGCAUGUAUUGCUCCUUUGAAACAAGACGUCACUUAUGCAUGGUCAUGGAAUAUGUGGAAGGUGGAGACUGUGCUACUUUGAUGAAGAAUAUGGGUCCCUUACCUGUAGACAUGGCAAGGAUGUACUUUGCAGAGACUGUUCUGGCCUUGGAAUACCUUCAUAAUUAUGGAAUUGUACAUAGGGAUUUGAAACCAGACAAUUUAUUAGUAACAUCCAUGGGCCAUAUAAAGCUUACAGACUUUGGCCUGUCAAAAGUGGGGCUAAUGAGUUUGACUACCAAUCUCUAUGAGGGUCAUAUUGAGAAGGAUGCCAGAGAAUUCCUUGACAAACAAGUCUGUGGUACACCUGAAUACAUAGCUCCUGAAGUGAUACUGAGACAGGGUUAUGGAAAACCAGUGGACUGGUGGGCUAUGGGAAUUAUUCUUUAUGAAUUUCUUGUUGGGUGUGUGCCAUUCUUUGGAGAUACACCAGAAGAGCUGUUUGGACAAGUAAUCAGUGAUGAAAUCAACUGGCCUGAAAAGGAUGAAGCACCACCUCCAGAUGCCCAGGAUCUGAUUACCCUGCUGCUCAGGCAGAAUCCUUUGGAAAGAUUGGGAACAGGUGGUGCAUAUGAAGUAAAGCAGCAUCAGUUCUUCAGGAGCCUUGACUGGAAUAGUUUGCUGAGGCAGAAGGCAGAAUUUAUUCCACAGUUGGAGUCUGAAGAUGACACAAGUUAUUUUGACACUCGUUCUGAGAAAUAUCAUCAUAUGGAAACAGAAGAAGAAGAUGAUACCAAUGAUGAAGAUUUUAAUUUGGAGAUAAGACAGUUUUCCUCAUGUUCACACAGAUUUUCAAAAGUUUUUAGUAGUAUAGAUCGAGUCACUCAAACACAAGGUGAAGAUAAGGAAGAUGCAGGAGACAAAACAAAAAAUGUAACAUUGCCCUCUGUGGAAUCUUUAAGCUGGAGUUCAGAAUAUUCUGAAAUACAACAAAUAUCUACAUCCAUCUCGUCUGAGACUGAGAGUAGCCGGCAGCAAUGCAGUUCAGGUCUGCUUCCAAAGUUGUCUAUAUCAGCUGAGAGAGUACAGGAUGAUUCCACCAGCUCAGUGGGACCCCGGGAGGACCAGGAAAAGUCUGCAUUUGUGAACGAUGAAAUAGUGCAAGAUGAACCUGAAGUAACCACUCCAGCAAGUACAAUCAGCAGCUCCACACUAUCAGGUAAUCAUCUUCCUUUGUUUUGGCAGAGUGGUAACAAAGUCUCAGUAAUGACAACUCCUUUCGAAAACACUUCCAUCAAGACAGGACCUGCCAGGCGAAACAGCUACAGGAGCCGAAUGGUCAGACGCAGUAAGAAGACCAAGAAGAAGGAGAGUUUAGAGAGGAGAAGAUCUCUCUUUAAAAAGCUGGCAAAGCAGCCCUCGCCUCUUCUUCAUACGAGCAGAAGUUUUUCCUGCCUGAACCGAUCCCUUUCUUCUGGGGAGAGUUUACCUGGGUCUCCAACCCACAGCUUGUCUCCUAGAUCUCCUACCCCAAGCUACCGUUCCACUCCUGAUUUUCCAUCAGGUACUAAUUCUUCCCAGAGUAGCUCCCCUAGUUCAAGUGCUCCCAAUUCUCCAGCUGGUUCAGGACACAUAAGACCCAGCACCCUUCAUGGCUUGGGUCCAAAGCUUGGAGGGCAAAGAUACAGAUCAGGAAGACGCAAAUCAGCUGGCAGCAUUCCCCUUUCUCCUCUUGCACGAACACCUUCUCCAACACCCCAGCCAACAUCCCCUCAGCGAUCUCCAUCACCAUUGCUGGGACAUUCUAUUGGAAAUACAAAAAUAGCUCAAUCUUUUCCUAGCAAAAUGCACUCACCUCCAACUAUUGUAAGGCAUAUUGUCAGGCCAAAGAGUGCAGAGCCACCAAGAUCUCCACUGUUAAAGAGAGUCCAGUCUGAAGAGAAACUUGCACCCUCUUAUGGCAGUGAUAAGAAGCACUUAUGUUCACGAAAACACAGUCUAGAAGUGACCCAGGAAGAAGUGAAUAAAGAAUUAUCUCAAAGGGAAGUAACUCUUCAGAGCUUGGAGGAGAAUGUAUGUGAUGUGCCAUCACUCACACGAGUCAGGCCUGCAGAGCAGGGCUGCUUGAAACGACCCAUCUCCCGAAAACUAGGUAGACAAGAAUCCAUUGAUGAGCUAGACAGAGAGAAGCUGAAGGUCAAGGUAGUAAUGAAAAAACAAGAUUUUGCUGAAAAAGCAAAUGCUGCUAUACAUGAACCCAGCCAUGAACCAGAAAGUGCCAAUACCUUAAGACUGGAAGAAAAAGACAAAAAAACAUUCCAAAAGGUAUUAGAAAGAUCAAAUCAGUUUGAAACAAAAAUUGUUACUUUGGAGACCCAGUCAGCUGGUGGCAUACUCAAAGACACCCUUCAAAAGAAUGCAAACUUGAGAUCAAAUGAUGGUGUUGCUUUAGAUGCACAGAUGUUGUGUCAUGGCCCUCCCCCUAAUGAACUCAGUCAUAUUUCUUAUGACUUCAAAAGAAUUUCUCCUCCAUGUGCACUGCAGGAUGUGUUACCUCAGUCCUCUGACAGGAUGCUAAGUGGAAAGGGAGAAAACACAGAUAAAAUUGUACCAACAAAAGAAUUUGCCAAAUUUGAAAGAUUAGAUGGUAAACUUGCAAAUAUUGAUUAUCUCAGAAAAAAAAUGUCCAUUGAAGAAAAAGAUGACAGUGUCUGUCCAGUGCUAAAACCCAAGUUGACAUCUAAUGUUCAUGAAUGCCUUCAACUUACUACAGGCAGACCCAUGAACAUACAGCAGGACUCCACCGUAUUUGCAGAUAGUAGAGCAUUUAUUGGCAGUGCACAUGCUGCCCAGAUUAACUCAGUUUCUUUUGUUCCUCUCAAGACCUUGAGUGGCCGAGCAGAUGUGAGCGUGGAAAAAUCAGCCCUUAUUUCCACUGAUGCUCCUGUCAGAAAAAGUCCAUCAGAAUAUAAACUCGAUGGGAGGUCUGUUUCCUGUCUGAAGCCAAUAGAAGGGACGCUAGACAUUGCGUUGCUUUCUGGGCCCCAGGCUUCAAAGACUGAACUGCCUUUGUGUGUGCUGCCAGAAGGACAGAGCACCAGCAGUGAUGGGGAAUCUUCUAAACCCCUAGUGCCACAAGGGAGUGGUGGGAAGGCAGAAAUGGUCUGUCAGAAAGAGCAGUUGUUAAGCUACUCAAAAUCUGGCAAAGUCAACAUAGCAGAGCCUCAGGUUCUGCACACAGGCAAGGGUUCUCCAAAUCCACCAGUCAUCCCUGUGGCUACAGAAGCAGUGACAGAGAAAAAGGUUUCUAGUCCAACUACUAAAGGCAGUAUUUCUGUUAUUGAAGCUGUUCAAAAGAAAGAUACCUCCCCUUCAAAACAGAAGGACAAUUCAAUGGAGGCAAAGUCUUGUGUUACUCAAAGUGAGAGUGUUAAAACUACUCAAACAUACUCCAAACUUUCUGCUGUCCAAAGCACUCCUGAAAAAGCUGUAGUAAAAGAGAAACAAAUACAAAAGGACUUGCCUACCAAACAGCCAGUAGCCCGGAGAGGUUGUGAGCCUAUCCCUGCAAAGGUGGAAGUGAUCAGGGAAUCAUCUGUGAAGGUAUCUACCUCAGAUGUCAUCAUAACAAGCUACUCCAAAAGCAAUGAAAAAAGUUGUGCUGAAUUUGCCAUUCCACCUCAGAUGCAAGGAAGAAUACAGUCAGCUGCCCCCAAAGCACAACCUAAGGAUGGCAGAGAAUCACUGAAACAGCAAGGAAAAGAUGACAGCAGUGUUGUUAAAAGUUUUGUGGAAAGGGACAUAAUUAAGCAGAAAGUUGAAUGUAAGAAGAUUACCUCAGAGUCAAAGAGUGAAGCUCUUGCAUCCAAAUGUCCUGUGCAACCCUCAAGAGAUUGCGAUAAUAAAACUGAGAAGUCUGCACCAGUUUCCUCUGUGCAGAAGGACAAUGCCAAAGAUUUAGGAAAGAAAGAUCAUAAACCACUCGCUGAUACCAGGCUUCAAACUUCUGAGAGAGAACAGUCCAGCCAAGUUCCUCGGCAGCAACUUAACACUUCAGGCUCACCUGCUGUGAAAGACACAAUAAGCAGACACUGCACUGUAGAAGUUCAUGUAGGUGUUCAAGAACACGUGAAACCUGCUGCCACCUGUGUGGAAAGCAGCACUAAUAAACACAGGCUAGCCUCUGAUACAGGUUCCUCUAAGUCUAAGUCCUUGGAUAAACAGACAUUGUCACAAAAACCAUGCAUUCCAACCAUAAAAGAAAAAGAAACUGUUACUCAGUUGUCUGCCAGCUCCCGGAAGGAUGGGAAACAUGCCAGUAAAAAUGUGCUAGAUCACCUUCCUUCUGUUCCAGGCUCUUCAAGAAGAAUGACCAGUGAAAAUGUGGAGACUGAAAGACCUGUGAGUUUGGGUCAUGGUUCAGUCACCACCCUCCAAAUGAGCAGCACCGCCCCUGACACCAAACCUAAAUCCUCUGCUGUGGGCCCAUUACCAGCAGGCCUAGAGAGUUCUAAGCAAAGGCAAGAACCAGCAGGCUCGGGGGAAUCUGCUGAUCAAAAGCAACUUCACUUCAGUGAAAAACAAACCACGUCUCCAAAAUUUUCCACUGUGAAAGACUGUCUCUUGUGGAACAAAGAGGCAGACAGAAAUCCCAGUAACGAAAUGAUCUCUGCAGACAAAAGACCCGAAGGAAAAAUAUGCACUGACGCACUUUACGUUCAGCUUGACAGUGGGAAAUUAGAGCCCACCCUUUGUCUUUCAAACUGUGAUGCCAGAGGGAAAGGAGCAGAAAAAGUGACCACAAGUAGCAAAAGCUCUCAAGAUAUAAAAGGGAAGGGACAAGUUAAUCAGAAACACCCAGAGGAUGCAAACAAGCAGACUGCAAUAAAACAUUUGUCUGCUGCCAGCGGGCAGAGUUCUUAUCGUGUGUCUACAAUACCAGGAAAGCCGCUGACUUGUUCAUCCAAUUUCUCUGAGUGUAGGCAAGAAGUAUCUGUUUUGUCUUCAGCCAAGAGUGAUGCAAUUUCAGCAAAGGUUAAAGCAGGCUCACCUGAGCUUCCUGCAACUUGCAAGGAACUAAAUAAGAAAAGCACCUCUUCCACAGGGAGCAGUAAGGCAGAAAUGGCUAAAAGUGUUUCAUUGAUGGCCUUGCACAGUGCCACUGUUGUAGCAGAAGCCCACCGCCCUACUUCAAACCUUGUGGGGAAACCUGGAAGUCAAGAAAAGCCUCUUUUUGUUAACACUGUGGAUGUAAAGGGAAAAGACACCAUUCUGGCUCAGCAGUCUGCUUCAAGAAAACAGAAUGUAGGUAAAGAUUUAUCCAGGUCAGCAGCCACACCUGACCGCCCUAGUGCACUUUCAGACGACAAAGACUCAGCCCGGCAGCGUCGAGGAAAGGAAGUUUCGCGGAGCAAUGCUCACAAAAAAUCCUGUUAACUGUAAGACCCGGCAAGUGUGAAUUCAACACUAGCUGAAACAAUUUCAAUAUGUCGUACUGCCUUUAAACCAGCACUGUGUCGUGUGUUUGUGCUGCAAAGUUUUCAUGUCACUGAAGAAACAAUACAAGGGGAUAUGUAAAGAGAGGACUUUUUUCAAAAUGCCUUUCCAAUUGAAACCGGUAAAACUGUUACCAUAUAGUAUUUGUACAAAAAUACAGCCAAGAGCUGUUGAAGAAAAUAUUUCCUCUGUAAAUACUUAGCGAUGUGUUUGGGGGUUGAAUGUAGCAUAUAUACUUCGCUGCUGGUUGCGUUGUUUCCUCUUUCCCUUCUUAAGAUAGUUGCUUAGCCACUUAUUUGCCAUACUGAAACAUGAAACCAAAUUAUUAAAACUCAGACCUGGCAUGGACAUGCUCAAGUAUUGGUCUGACUGGAGAAAAAGAAAACCAGGCCACAUUUUUACUUACUAAAAAUCCGAGAUAGAAGUUCAAAAAAACUACUAGUACAGAAUAAAUAUGGUGACCUAUUGUGAGUUUUUACAUGUAUUUUUAAUAAUUUGAUUUUGAUAGUACUGUACCUGGCUGACUGCUUCACCAGAUGUAACACAAGACAUAACUGCAUCUCCCUACUGCACAAAGCCUGAUUAGAGUAGGUGUCCUUAAAGCUAUGGGAAGACCACUUAAUUAUCAGGGCAUCCCAGCAAGACUUGUGUUCUGUGGUGAAAUGGUGGUUCUUGUCUAUUAGGAGUGUGUUCUGUGACCUUCACCUCAGACAAGGCUCUAACUCUCUGAAGCACAUGCCAUGUGCUCAGUUUUUGCUGCAAUCCUCUCAAGUUCCUUGAGCUUUUUUAAAUUCAGGCCCUUACAGUGUGAGGCACAAGUAUAAGCACAUGACUGGUAGUACUAGUAUGUUCAUCCCCAUUUUUAAUACAUUUAGAAAAUAUAUAUUAUGGCAUAUAGGUCUGCAUAGUUAGUGUCAUAAUGCUAUAGCUCUUUUCUAUUUUAUGACAAGGUAAAAAGGAAAAAAAGCAGUUUCAGUAGUUUCAGUAUCAUAUCUUCAGAAAAAUUUAGGGUAUCUGAUACAUUUUAAUACAUAGCUGGGGCCUUAUGUUGUAGACUUAACUUGCUGUUUUUAGCAAGUAACUCUGGGUUUCACAUUCAUUUCUAAAUGCAUUAAGUAGCUCCAUACAUUUCAUAACAUAAUCUUUUUAUUUGUAUGCAAAAAAGUAAAAUACUGUAAUUUCAAAAGAAGCAUUUUGUAACAGGAACCCAUUGGAGCUAUUUGGUGCUAGAAUGUUACUGUCUUUUUACUUUUGCUAAGCCUUAUUUAAAUUUUGUAUACUGUGGAACAUGUAGACUUUGUUAGUGUGGAGGUAUUUGGUUUGUUUUGAGAGAUGAAAGGUAAAGUUUGAAACAUGUACAGAAGCACUACAAAAUGCCCUUGCAGUAGCAUGGGUUUUAAUAAUUGGGGAUCAAUAGAAUGGUUGUUUUGCUUAUUUCUGUUUUCUGUAACCACAGUAGAGUUAGGCCCCUACUUUUACACCAAUGCUUACAGUUUGUCUUUCUGUCUCAAAAGCUAGAAAAUUGUUUAUAAAAGCACAGUGUAAUCUUGACUUGGAGACUUGUGUGACAAUAGACAGUGUGCAGAAUUCAUUUCCCUCUGCUGAAAACUUCAUUGUACUGACGAAUUGAGUUGGCUUACAGCAGAACUGUCAGGAAAAGCCAAUAUCACAAACAACUUCUGAUCUUUCAUGUGGCACUAGAACAUUCAUACUGCCUUUGAUGCAUUCACAGAGGAGCUGGUGAGCAAUGGAUAAUAAUUUUUGAGAAGUUUAAACAGAAAAUGGUCUCAACAUUUACAGUUCAUCUGUGCUUUGGCAGUUACUGCAAAUGAAUGCUAAUGCACUUCAAAAUAACAUUUCUGUCUGGAAGGUAUUUCCUGGUUUACAGUCUCUGCAUUUUUUAACAAUCCUCUUGUUUCCUUUAAAGCACAUCUAGCUUUUGUUUACAGUAUACCUUUAUGUAUAUUUUGUAUAGUUCAUUAUCACUUCUGACAAAUAAGUUCUUUGCAUUUUGGAAGUGUAACAGUGCAUAAGCUUGUGUUUAUGUAGUACCUGUUUGUUGAUGUUUACUUUACCAGUGAGCUGUUAAGAGAUCCUCCUGCCUGUGUUCUUCUUGGUCAGUCUUAGUGUGAUUGUAGAUCUGAUGUGUUCUUUUGUAGACUUCCUGCAGUAGAGUUCUCAGCUUACCAAAAAAAAAGAAAAGAAAAGAAAAAAAAAAAAAAAAAAAUUGUUAGGGUCUGUGCAAUAAAGUGUUUGCAGUCUUAUUUUCUCUAAGAAACUCUUUAUGGAUGUCAUAAUUGUUAUAUAUUGAACACAAUUAUUUAUACUUAUGCAGUUGCAUAACAUUGAAAUAAAAAUUCAGCA